UCGCUGCCUGCCUCAACACUGAACAGGCGCGGCAGAUGAACCGGCUGAGGGACAGGGAAGAGAGCAGCAUGAACAGCAGCAAGAACAAGCUCUACAGGGUGGUCCGGGUGGUGGACAAGAUGGAGGCCGUGGAGAGCUACUGGGCCUUGAACAAGGACCGGUUCUCCCCUAGCUCUCUGGAGCGGAAGGUGUUCUCCUGGUCCAUCGACGAUAUCUUCAACAGGGACCUCCUCAGGCAUCAGGUCAAGCGGAUACCAAACACUUUCGCGUCAUCUGAAAGUUACUUGAAUUCAUUUGCUGGCCCACUUAUUGAAGAAGUGCAUGCUGAUAUUUUCUCAUCACUGGAUGGUUAUGCUCAGGCGAGCUUUACAAAAGUAAUCAAGAUGCAAAAGCUUGAUGAUGAUAAUCCAAUAUUCGGUUUUCAGAUUGCAGAACCUGUGAAGGAUGAACAGUCAAGAGAGUCGUAUGAACCCACAGAAUGUGAUAUAAUAGUCAUGUCCCCGCAAAAACCAAAGCAUGUAUCUGAUCUGACACAAAACAAGGCAUCAUAUGUGUUAGGUUUGGUUCUCAAGAGUGAAGAAGAAGAUGAUUUCCCACCUAAUUGCUGCAUUGUUCAAUUGUCAUCUGGCACUCCCAUUGAGGCAGAUGAGGAAACAAAAACACCUGAAGGACCAUUGUUUGCUGUGUAUAUUAUGAAUAUGACGACAUACAAUCGCAUGUGGAAAUGCCUUCAUCUGGGAGCAAAUGAGAAUAAUCCUGUUGGGCUUCAGAAUAAAAAGUGUACUGAGCUCGUCGAUAAGGUGUGGCAAUACAACCGAAGGGUAGUGGAAGAUGACAGCUCAUCAUGUUCCCAGUUAUCUCAAUGCAUUGCUGAUAGAUUAAUUGAUGAUGGCCUUGGCCUUGAGAAGUUCAAUCUCAACCCAUCACAACUCAGUGCAGUAGCAGACUGUGUCUCAACCAUGGAUGACCAGUCUUCUUCCAUUAAGCUAUUAUGGGGCCCCCCUGGGACUGGUAAAACAAAAACUAUAAGCACUAUCUUGUGGGCUAUGCUUGUGAAAGGCCGAAAGGCACUUGCCUGUGCACCUACCAAUACUGCUGUGCUGGAGGUUGCAGCUCGAAUUGUCAAGCUUGUUAGAGAGGCUGCCAAUGGCAGUCUCUGCUUCUUGAAUGACAUUAUUCUGUUUGGAAACAAGAAUAAUAUGAAGAUGGAUGAUGGCAAUGAUCUUUCAUUGGUAUUUCUUGAAUCUCGAGCUGAGCGCUUAUUGCCAUGUUUCAUGCCAAAUACAGGCUGGAGGCAUCGCCUGUGCUCACUUAUAGAUCUUCUUGAGAAUUGUGUGUCAAUGUACCAGUUGUAUGGUGAGGGUAAAACACUCAAGCAAUAUUUGAAGGAUGAUUACAACAAACUUUCUAGGAAGUUGCGUGAUUGUAUUGAGAUACUAUACAAUGAUCAUCCUAGAAAUGCAGAAGCAGGACAGAGCUUUCAAUGUAUGCUGGAGGUGCUGGAAUUGAUCAAUAUUAUAGAGGCUUUGAUAAAUGGUGGCAAGGGUGAUGGUGAUGAUAUAUGGUCUGAUGAACUGCUGAAAAUAAAAAUAGAAGACAAUGGGGACCCUGUGCUCUGGCCUGAGCAACUAACUUGUGUACAGACCACUUCAUGCAAUAGAUCCAAGUUCAGGCUGGCAAGAUCUUUGUGUGUGCAAGAAUUAAGAUACCUCUGCACAAACUUGGAGCUCCCGAAUUGUUACACGACAAGAGCUGUUCAACAAUACCUGUUGACAAGAGUUAAAUGCAUUCUCUGUACAGUUUCAAGUUCAUUCAGGCUGUACAACGUACCCAUGGGCAAUCCUGUGGAGCUUCUGAUUGUUGAUGAGGCUGCACAGCUCAAAGAGUGUGAGACUUUAAUUCCUUUGCAGCUACCUGGCAUAAGGCAGGCAGUUCUGAUUGGAGACGAAUACCAGCUUCCAGCCUUUGUGAAAAGCACUAUAUCUGACAGUGCUAGCUUUGGGAGAAGUGUUUUUGAGAGGCUAAGUUCUCUGGGUUAUAGUAAGCACCUUCUCAAUGUGCAGUACAGGAUGCAUCCUGACAUAAGCAAUUUUCCAGUUGAUACAUUUUACAAUGGGAAGGUAUCUGAUGGCCCUAAUGUCACCCACGAGAACUAUAACAAGAAAUUUUUAACUGGAAUGUUGUUUGGUCCAUAUUCAUUUAUCAAUGUAGAAGGUGGGCAUGAAACAACUGAAAGAUAUGGCCGAAGCCUGAAAAACACAAUAGAAGUUGCUGUAGUUGUGCGGAUGGUGCAGAGAUUGUUCAAAGAGGCAGUUUCUACAGGAAUCAAACUUUCCGUCGGUGUAGUCUCUCCGUACAAUGCUCAAGUUAGAGCUAUCCAGGAAAAGCUUGGGAAAUCCUAUAGUAUGUAUGAUGGUUUCUCAGUGAAAGUGAAAUCUGUCGAUGGUUUCCAAGGUGCGGAGGAAGAUGUCAUUAUCAUAUCAACAGUCAGGAGCAAUGGAGCCGGUUCAGUUGGAUUUCUCGCAAACUUGCAAAGGACUAAUGUGGCUCUAACAAGGGCCAAGCAUUGCUUAUGGAUUGUGGGGAAUGGGACAACUUUGUCCAGCAGCAAUUCUGUUUGGCAGAAGAUGAUCAAGAAUGCACAGGCUCGAGGGUGUUUUUUUGACGUCAAUGAGGACAAAGAUUUAUCAAAUGCAGUAACCAAGGCCAUCAUUGAGUUGGAUGAUGCUGAGAAUUCAAUGAAUAUGGAAUCACUACAUAUAAGUAGGCCUAGGUUUCAGAAGACCAAGCUGAAAUACCGUCCAUGAGAUGAGAGGUCUGAUGCUCCCUAGGUGCAAUAUCAUCUGGAUACAUGGCGUGGGCGUCAUGGUUUUGUUACCCAGACUAUGAGAAGAAUGCGUGUCUAUGAUGACGUGUGAGAACUGGGAAGCACAAUAUUUUGUUGAAGUAUUUUAGUUCGAUGCCA